AAAAGUGCAGUCUUCAGUCUUGUUUGUCUUGGCAGUGACACUGGUCCUUGUUUGCGCACAUUUCGUCCUCCUGACCCGUCAUUUCGCCUCAGCAUGAGACCCUGCCGCUGUUACGUCACGGAGCCAGUCCAGGCCUAAUUGAACCCAGAUUGAGAAAGAGUACAGAUCCAGCCCACUCUCCCUCACUUCAUAUAACGGCAUGCACGCUCCCUGUAGUGGGUUUUGACUGAAGGGGGACGCAUUAAGUCAGACGAGGAUAGCUGCAAGUUAAUUUGUAACCACUGAGACACUUUGAACCGCUACGAGGAGAGUUUUAACAGACUGCACCAUGGCUGGACUCAAGUACAUGAGCGGCUUUCAGAAUGAGUUCUCCUCUGAAGACCCUCGCUGUCCAGGGUCUUUACCUGAGGGACAGAACAAUCCUCAGGUCUGUCCCUAUGGCCUCUAUGCGGAGCAGCUCUCCGGCUCUGCCUUCACCUGCCCCCGACCAGCCAAUAAAAGGAGCUGGUUUUACCGCAUCUUGCCGUCUGUCAAACACAAGCCCUUCAGCCCUGAGCCCUGUGGAAACCUGACAGAGAACUGGAACGAAGUGGAGCCAGAUCCAAACCAGCUGCGAUGGCUGCCAUUCACCAUCCCCAAGUCUACAGUGAAGAAGGUGGACUUUGUGGCGGGUCUGCACACUCUCUGCGGGGCUGGAGACGCCAAAUCCCGCAACGGCAUUGGCAUCCACAUGUACACCUGCAACACCUCCAUGGUUGACAGGUGCUUCAACAACUCAGACGGGGACUUUUUGAUCGUCCCCCAGCAGGGUGAGAUUUUGAUCACCACAGAGUUUGGGAAGAUGAUGGUCGAGCCCAACGAGAUCUGUGUGAUUCAGCAAGGGAUGCGCUUCUGUGUGGAUGUUUUUGGAGAAACCAGAGGCUACAUACUGGAGGUGUACGGAGCCCAUUAUGAACUCCCUGAUCUGGGACCCAUAGGAGCCAAUGGUCUGGCCAACCCAAGAGACUUCCUGUGUCCGGUUGCUUGGUAUGAAGACCGCACAGUGGCCACAGGUUACACCGUCAUCAACAAAUACCAAGGAAAGCUCUUCUCCUGCCAACAGGAUUUCUCUCCGUUCAAUGUGGUGGCGUGGCACGGAAAUUACACGCCGUACAAAUACAACCUGAAGAACUUCAUGGUUAUCAACUGCGUGGCCUUCGACCAUGCGGAUCCGUCUAUCUUCACCGUGCUGACUGCCAAAUCCACACGACCUGGUGUGGCCAUUGCCGAUUUUGUCAUCUUCCCCCCUCGGUGGGGUGUGGCUGACCACACCUUCCGACCUCCAUACUAUCACCGUAACUGCAUGAGUGAAUUCAUGGGUCUGAUCAAAGGCCACUAUGAAGCAAAAGAGGGGGGUUUCCAGCCAGGAGGGGCCAGCCUGCACAGCGUGAUGACCCCACAUGGACCGGACGCUGAAUGCUUUGAGAAGUGCAGUACUGGAGAGCUCAAACCUGAGAGGGUGGCUGAGGGAACCAUGGCGUUCAUGUUUGAGUCCUCCUUCAGUAUGGCGGUGACCAAGUGGGGUCUGCAAACAUGCCAGAGACUUGACAAGAGCUACUACAAGUGCUGGGAACCUCUGCGCAGCCACUUCAAUCCAAACUGGAAGCCCAGCAAACAGUAGAAACCAUCCAUCCAUCCAUUAUCUUGACCGCUUAUCCCGUCAGGGGUCACGGGGGGCUGGAGCCUAUCCCAGCUGGACAGGUCGCCAACCUAUCACAGGGCACAGUAGAAACCUCGAGACAAUAAUGGAAUCAAAUAAAAGUAAUAAGAUUUCAGUUUGAUUAGGUCUGCAUAUUUGUUUCUGGCAAGUCAUGCUCAGAAGUAUUCAUGUUGAAUGCAUCUCCUUACUCUGGACAAUAAAUACACCAUGAAAUGUCAACUUUAAUGUCCUGCAAAAAAUAAAGCUGUGGUGGAACUCUGAAUGUGACUUCCACUGCACCUCGCAGAUUAAGUGAGUACUUCAUCAGCACUAUAUGUAAAAAAUUCUCAAAUGCACUCAAUGUAUCUGAUACGCAGGGUUGGCAUGACCGGUUGCCUCUGGUGGCUAAUGUUAGCAAACCUAAGAUUUUAAUGUAGAACAGAUAUAAUCAGUCAUGUAACUGAAUUUAAUUUUCUCCUUUACUGUCAUGUAAGUUUGAUACAUACCAAAUCCAGGUUCAGUAUAUCCUAACAAACAUCUUUUCUAUUGUAGAUCAUUACAUAAUACUGCAUUCCAUACCUCUGUCACUGGAUGUGUAAAUUGUGCACAAGCACAUAUGAUAUAAAAUAAAAUAAUGCCCAUCUGUGUCUCAAU